AUGGAAACUCAUCAGACAACUCCGACCCAGUAUAUCACCGCUAUUGAUGGUGUCAAAUAUGCCUACCGGCGAAUUGGCUCUUCAGAGGGCAUUCCUCUUGUAAUGCAUGGAUUUUUCCGUUCCAACAUGGAUUUUUGGGAUCCUAUCCUCAUCAACAAUCUCGCAGAAAAACGACCAGUGAUUCUCUUUGAUCAAUCCGGCGUGGGUCGUAGUAGCGGUACAAUCCCUACGACGUAUCAAGGCUGGGCAGACUGUCAGAUCAAUCUCACAAAUGCUCUUGGUAUCAACCGCUACGAUGUUGCCGGUUUCUCGAUGGGAGGCCUUUCUGCUCAACUGGUGGCCUUGACAGUACCGCAUCAGGUCCGAAAGUUAGUGCUGAUGGGUACCACUGCUGCAGCUCCUCGUGAAGCAUCGGACAUUGGUGGAAUUGUUUGGCCGCGUGAAAUCCCCCAGCCUGAGCCUAUGGCUGUUCUUACAAACUCUGAAAUUGCUGCGGCAGGAGUGCACCAUGCUAUUGCAUUUUCGUUCUUUUACCAGACCGAUGCCGGCCGGGAAGCAGCACAAGGUUGGUGGGACCGCGUCAAUGAACGAAAGGUCGACGGCGAAGCCCCUCUUCUAGAGUUUGUUGACCCUGAAGGCACUGCUCGGCAAGUUGAGGCUGUGAUCCACUGGAGCACGCCAGAGGGAAUCGAUGCAUACGAUCGCCUGAGCGACCUGAAAAUGCCAGUUCUGGUUAUGAAUGGCGAUGAUGACCUUCUUGUACCAUCGAGCCGUAGCUGGGAGUUAGCUAAGAGAAUUCCUAGCUCUCAACUCAUUAUCUAUCCUAAGGCUGGACAUGGCUUUUUGUAUCAGUACGGUGAACUCACUGCUAUGCAUGUGAAUAUGUUUCUGGAUGGAUUCGGUGCCUUGCACGGAGACGAGUAG